CAGUAUGGUUUUCUGUUUAUUGAUGGAUCUGGUCAGUAUCAUCAGGGACUUAAAACAUUAAAAGGAAGAUAUCAUACAUCAUCAGUUCAGAAAAAUGCUCACUCACUGGGGACCUGAAAGCUUCACUUAAUGGGCAAAGUUAUGUGCAUCCUGGAUGUAUCAAGAUGAUGUAUCAGAUGGUGAUUUCAACAGACUCCAGGAAUAGUUGCAGUGGGUCUGCCUGAGUAGUUUGGGCCAUGGAAAGACCAAGAUUGUCCAUUAAUAAAUUCCAUUUUGGAGUCAGAAUCUGCACUCAGAAAUAAACCAAAUAUGUUAAUAUUUGAUAGGACAUAUAAAUACAUCAAAAGGACAGAUCAUCCCUACCCUGUGAAAUUCUAAAGUGGAUGUAUUUACAUAGACAGUUCAGAUAGCACAAUAGGUACACGUCCAGUCAGAAAAGUAGUGGAAUGCUGUGUGUUGAAGGGCUUCAGACCACAUGUUGCUGUUAACCAAGCAUAAAGCAGCCACUAAAGAGCAGUCAGACUGGCUUCAGUCUGUAAGGCCAGCAAGUUCUGCAUUGUGUCUCAGUAUGGAUCAGUAUUCUGAGACAGCAUAGCACACUGGCAAGGGGUUACACCUAACCAGCAUAAACAAGCUGCUUUGGUUACUGUGGUAUCUGUUCUAAUUACAGGUAGAUCAUGGCAUCACCAUAUUGGCCAAAGACUGCAAGAAUGGGUACAAAGGCCUUCAUAGCUCCUGGAUUUCCUAUCUAAAGUAUUACCAUCUGUUGGCCAGUGUAAUUUAAAGCCUUGCAUUGCAUCCUGAACGAGUAUUGGUAGCAACGGGACAAGUUGGGAAAGAGCCUUAUAUCUGUGUUUGGGAUUCAUACACUGUGCAAACCAUAUCAAUUCUAAAGGAUGCUCAUACACAUGGCAUAGCUUGUUUAGCAUUCGACUUAGACGGGCAGCGCUUGGUUUCAGUUGGACUUGAUUCAAAGAAUGCAGUUUGUGUUUGGGAUUGGAAAAGGGGAAAAAUGUUAUCUAUGGCCCCUGGCCACACAGACAGAAUAUUUGAUAUCUCUUGGGACUUGUACCAGCCAAAUAAACUUGUCAGCUGUGGUGUAAAACAUAUCAAGUUCUGGAGUUUAUGUGGAAAUGCUCUGACCCCAAAACGAGGGGUCUUUGGUAAAACUGGUGACCUUCAGACAAUUUUGUGCCUGGCCUGUGCAAGGGAUGAAUUAACAUAUUCUGGUGCACUUAAUGGGGAUAUAUAUGUUUGGAAAGGAAUCAAUCUUAUAAGGACAAUACAAGGAGCCCAUACUGCAGGAAUUUUUAGUAUGAAUGCUUGUGAAGAAGGCUUUGCUACUGGUGGCAGAGAUGGCUGUAUUCGCCUUUGGGAUUUAACUUUUAAACCGAUUACUGUGAUUGAUCUCAGGGAAACAGACCAGGGAUACAAAGGUUUGUCUGUGAGGAGUGUUUGCUGGCGAGGUGACCACAUUCUAGUUGGAACACAGGACAGUGAAAUUUUCGAAAUUGUGGUGCAUGAAAGGAAUAAACCUUUCCUAAUUAUGCAAGGGCAUUGUGAAGGUGAACUUUGGGCACUUGCUGUUCAUCCUACAAAACCUUUGGCUGUGACUGGAAGUGACGAUCGUUCAGUCAGGAUAUGGAGUCUAAUAGAUCAUGCACUAAUAGCAAGGUGUAAUAUGGAAGAACCAAUUCGUUGUGCAGCUGUAAAUGUAGAUGGAAUCCAUCUUGCCCUUGGAAUGAAGGAUGGCUCAUUCACUGUACUUAGAGUAAGAGAUAUGACCGAAGUUGUACAUAUUAAAGACAGGAAGGAGGCAAUUCAUGAGUUAAAAUAUUCCCCAGAUGGAACUUACCUUGCUGUUGGAUGCAAUGACAGCUCAGUUGAUAUCUAUGGCGUUGCGCAACGUUAUAAAAAGUUUGGGGAAUGUGUUGGGUCGCUUAGUUUCAUCACUCAUCUUGACUGGUCCUCAGAUAGUAGAUAUUUACAGACAAAUGAUGGAAAUGGUAAAAGACUUUUUUAUAGGAUGCCAGGAGGAAAAGAAGUGACAAACAAAGAAGAAAUAAAAGGUGUUCACUGGGCUUCAUGGACAUGUGUUUCAGGCCUUGAAGUAAAUGGAAUUUGGCCUAAGUAUUCAGAUAUCAAUGAUAUAAAUUCAGUAGAUGGAAAUUAUAUUGGCCAAGUUUUAGUUACAGCUGAUGACUAUGGAAUUAUAAAAUUAUUCCGAUAUCCUUGUUUAAGAAAAGGAGCCAAGUUUAAAAAAUAUAUUGGCCAUUCGGCUCAUGUAACUAAUAUCAGGUGGUCACAUGACUAUCAGUGGGUUAUUUCUAUUGGUGGAGCAGAUCACUCUGUCUUCCAGUGGAAAUUUAUUCCUGAAAGAAAACUAAAAGAUGCUCUUCACAUAGCACCCCAAGAAAGUCUGGCUGACUCUAAUAGUGAUGAAUCAGAUUCAGAUCUGUCUGAUGUUCCAGAACUGGAUUCUGAAAUUGAACAAGAGACACAGCUUACCUACCGUCGGCAGGUUUACAAAGAAGAUCUACCUCAGCUUAAAGAACAGUACAAGGAGAGACAAAAAGGCGGUACUUCUAAAAGAAGAGAGCGGGCUCCAGGAAAUAGCCUCCGACUGCACUUUGUUCAUGGUUACAGAGGUUAUGACUGUCGAAGUAACCUUUUUUAUACUCAAAUUGGUGAGAUUGUGUACCAUGUCGCAGCAGUGGGUGUCAUUUAUAAUCGGCAACAGAACACACAGCGCUUUUACCUGGGUCAUGAUGAUGAUAUUCUUUGCCUGGCUCUUCAUCCUUUGAAAGACUAUGUGGCAACAGGCCAGGUAGGUAGGGAUCCCUCAAUUCACAUAUGGGAUACAGAGACCGUUAAACCAUUGUCAGUAUUAAAGGGCUGCCACCAAUAUGGUGUCUGUGCUGUUGAUUUCUCAGCGGAUGGGAAACGUUUGGCUUCAGUUGGAAUAGAUGAUAGCCACACUAUUGUGCUGUGGGACUGGAAGAAAGGAGAGAAACUUUCAGUAGCAAGAGGAAGUAAAGAUAAGAUUUUUGUUGUAAAGAUGAACCCCUACGUGCCUGAUAAGUUAAUUACAGCUGGAAUUAAACACGUGAAGUUUUGGCGUAGAGCAGGGGGAGGAUUGAUUGGAAGAAAAGGCUACGUGGGCACACUGGGGAAAAAUGACACGAUGAUGUGUGCAGUAUAUGGAUGGACUGAAGAGAUGGCUUUUUCUGGAACAUCCACAGGAGACGUGUGUAUCUGGAGAGAUGUCUUUCUUGUAAAAACAGUUAAAGCACAUGAUGGGCCAGUGUUUAGUAUGCAUGCAUUGGAAAAAGGAUUUGUAACUGGAGGAAAAGAUGGGGUAGUAGCUCUUUGGGAUGACUCCUUUGAAAGAUGUCUCAAGACCUAUGCUAUAAAAAGAGCCGCUUUGGCACCAGGAUCUAAAGGUCUUCUCUUGGAAGAUAACCCAUCUAUACGUGCCAUAUCAUUAGGACACGGUCAUAUUUUAGUUGGCACAAAGAAUGGUGAAAUACUAGAAGUGGAUAAAAGUGGCCCAAUAACACUUCUGGUCCAGGGACACAUGGAAGGAGAGGUGUGGGGUUUGGCUACACAUCCCUAUCUGCCCAUCUGUGCUACUGUCAGUGAUGAUAAAACCUUAAGAAUAUGGGAUCUGUCUCCUAGUCAUUGUAUGUUGGCUGUCCGGAAACUGAAAAAGGGUGGGAGAUGUUGCUGUUUUUCUCCUGAUGGUAAAGCUUUAGCUGUAGGUCUGAAUGAUGGAAGUUUCUUAAUGGCAAAUGCAGAUACUCUAGAAGAUCUUGUGUCUUUUCAUCACAGGAAAGAUAUUAUUUCAGACAUUCGAUUUUCACCAGGUUCUGGGAAAUAUCUUGCGGUAGCAUCCCAUGACAGUUUUAUAGAUAUAUACAAUGUGAUGAGUAGUAAAAGAGUAGGAAUAUGCAAAGGCGCUACCAGUUACAUAACUCAUGUUGAUUGGGAUAUUAGAGGAAAGCUUUUACAGGUCAACACUGGUGCUAAAGAACAAUUAUUCUUUGAAGCUCCCAGAGGGAAAAAACAAACCAUUCCCAGUGUGGAGGUAGAAAAAAUUUGUUGGGCAUCAUGGACAAGUGUGCUUGGUUUAUGCUGUGAAGGAAUUUGGCCGGUAAUUGGAGAAGUCACAGAUAUAACUGCCUCUUGCCUCACCAGUGACAAAAUGGUCCUAGCUACUGGGGAUGAUUUGGGAUUUGUGAAGUUAUUUAGAUAUCCUGCUAAAGGAAAAUUUGGAAAGUUUAAGAGGUAUGUGGCCCAUAGUACACAUGUCACAAAUGUUCGCUGGACCUACGAUGACAGCAUGUUGGUUACCUUAGGAGGUGCAGAUAUGUCUUUAAUGGUUUGGACAAAUGAAAUGGAGGGCUAUCGAGAAAAAAGACCUUGUGAUAGUGAAGAAUCUGAUACAGAUUCUGAAGAAGAUGGGGGUUAUGACAGUGAUGUUACAAGAGAGAAUGAAAUCAGUUACACCAUUAGAGCCUUAUCAACAAAUAUUCGCCCGAUGUUUGGAGUCAAGCCUCAUUUGCAACAGAAGGAACCCUCAGUUGAUGAGAGGCAGGGGGUAGUAAGAGGUUCCAGGCCCCCCGUGAGCAGAGCCCCACCAAGGCCAGAAAAACUCCAGACAAACAAUGUUGGCAAGAAAAAGAGACCCAUAGAGGACCUUGUGUUGGAGCUUGUUUUUGGCUAUCGAGGAAGAGACUGUAGGAAUAACGUUCAUUAUUUAAAUGAUGGUGAUGAUAUAAUUUAUCACACUGCAUCCAUUGGAAUUCUGCACAACGUUGCUACCGGGACUCAGAGUUUUUAUCAGGAACAUAAUGAUGAUAUACUGUGCCUCACUGUAAAUCAGCAUCCCAAAUUUAUCAACGUAGUGGCAACGGGCCAAGUAGGUGAUUUAGCAGACAUGUCAGCUACAGCUCCUUCUAUCCACAUCUGGGAUGCAAUGAACAAGCAGACUUUAUCUAUACUGAGAUGCUACCAUUCGAAGGGAGUGUGUUCAGUCAGCUUCAGUGCUACCGGCAAACUCUUGCUGUCUGUGGGGCUGGACCCAGAACAUACGAUUACCAUUUGGAGAUGGCAGGAAGGUGCCAAGAUUGCCAGCAGAGCCGGUCACAACCGACGCAUUUUUGUGGCAGAAUUCCGACCAGAUUCAGAUUCCCAGUUUGUCUCUGUGGGAGUCAAACACGUGAAGUUCUGGACACUGGCAGGAAGGGCUCUUCUUAGCAAAAAAGGGCUCGUGAGCACCCUGGAGGAUGCCCGGAUGCAGACCAUGCUUGCUGUGGCGUUUGGUGCAAAUAACUUGACGUUUACAGGUACCAUCAGUGGAGAUGUCUGUGUGUGGAAAGAUCACAUAUUGUGUAGGACCGUGGCCAGAGCUCACAACGGGCCUGUGUUUGCCAUGUUCACCACACUGCGAGACGGACUUAUCGUGACCGGAGGCAAGGAAAGGCCGUCAAGAGAAGGAGGAGCGGUCAAGCUGUGGGACCAGGAACUGAGGCGGUGCCGAGCCUUCAGGCUGGACACGGGACAAGCCACGGACUGUGUCCGCUCCGUGUGCAGGGGCAAAGGCAAGAUCCUAGUUGGGACAAGGAGUGCGGAGAUCAUCGAAGUUGGAGAGAAAAAUGCAGCCUGCAAUAUUUUAGUUAAUGGUCAUGUGGAUGGGCCCAUAUGGGGACUAGUGACACAUCCCUCCAGGGAUUUUUUCCUUUCUGCCGCAGAAGAUGGGACAGUGAGACUCUGGGAUAUUGCUGAUAAAAAGAUGUUAAACAAAGUGAACUUGGGACAUGCUGCUCGGACCGUGUGUUAUAGCCCUGAAGGGGAUAUGGUGGCUAUCGGAAUGAAAAAUGGAGAAUUUAUUAUUUUACUGGUGAGCUCCCUAAAAAUAUGGGGAAAGAAGAGAGAUAGACGAUGUUCAAUCCAUGAUAUCAGAUUUAGUCCGGAUUCCCGGUUUCUGGCAGUGGGUUCUAGUGAGAACUCGGUGGAUUUUUAUGACCUAACAUUGGGCCCCACCCUUAACAGAAUCAGUUACUGCAGAGACAUUCCCAGCUUUGUCAUUCAAAUGGACUUCUCUGCAGAUAGCAGAUAUCUCCAGGUCUCCACUGGUUGCUAUAAACGACAUGUCUAUGAAGUGCCUUCAGGAAAACCUGUUCUGGAUCAGGCCACCAUGGACAGAAUUACUUGGGCCACAUGGACUAGUAUUCUAGGAGAUGAAGUUCUGGGAAUCUGGUCCAGACAUGCUGAGAAAGCCAAUGUCAACUGUGCCUGCGUAUCUCAUUCAGGAAUCAGCCUUGUAACAGGAGAUGAUUUUGGGAUGGUUAAGUUAUUUGACUUCCCAUGUCCUGAAAAAUUUGCAAAGCACAAAAGGUUCUUGGGUCAUUCACCUCACGUGACCAAUAUUCGAUUUACCAGUGGUGAUCGGCAUGUCGUUAGCGCAGGAGGUGAUGACUGCAGUUUAUUUGUCUGGAAAUGUGUACAUAUGCCUCACUAAAAGAUACGGAUGCUGAGAAGACUGUAUAAACUAACAGCCUUGAGACCAGAAUUACAGACGAGGAAAAAAAAAAAAAAAAAAGGCAAACAGAACCAAACCCUGCAUGGGCAAGUGGUGCUAAUUUAGGAUUGUAACAGGGAUAAUGCCCAGAGUCAUCAAAGUAGAAGACAGAUAAGUUCAAGAUACUUGCUGUGUGCACUGGGAGAACUGUCCAUAAUCCACACACUGCCAGACGGUUACAUUUCAAGGAAGGAUGGAAAAAACACUUGGUGAAAGCCAGCCCCGUUUGGGGGGGAGGGUGCAGACUUGGGAGACCUGCUGGGGAGGUUGACAGGACCGCGCUUCUCAAAAAACAACAACAAAGCAAGACCUUAAAAACCCAACUUGCAUAGUUUUCAUCUUUUUAAGCAAACAGUUUUUCUUCUUUAGAAUUUCUAGUUUAUUUUUAAGGUUCAUUAUUUAAUGACUUAUUUUUUCCCUCGUGUUUACAUAAGGAAAGAAAACACACCAUCACCCUAAAGGAUCACAGCUUUUAAAAGGUGAACAAUUAUUUUCCCUAAGGAAACACACACAAGCUUUACCGGAGAAGAUAAUGCUACAUAAGCAUCAAUAAACCUCUUUUUAUAAAGGACACUUUUCUCCUGACAGUUUUAAAUUCAGGAACAAAUCCAAAGUUAGUAGUAUAUGAGCACUACAUUUUCAUGGUUGAGCUGUCGAUCCUUUAAUGUUCACAAGUCCUCUCUCUAGCUGAAAAACUAGAACAUGAUUAUAGCUUCAUCAAUGAGAAAGUAGUAUGCUGAACAGUCCUUUCCAGUGGUGUACAGGUUAAAGGUUUAGAGAGCAGUAGUAGUUAACCGGGAGAGCAUACUGAAUAUUUAAAGAUGUAGUCUAGUAGAAACACCUGUUUAACAUGUACACUGAAAUGUUCAAGGUCACAUUUACAAAGUUAAACAAUUUAGUAGCUCUUGGAAGUUUUUAUAGCUUUUGUUUCUAUUUUAAAAAUUUACUAAUUAGCUGUAUGCCACACCAUAGGCUGACUUCCAGAAGGAAUGAAUACAGGUCCACUUGUAACACUUGUCUAUUAAAAUUCCUUUUUGGUGGAUUAGGGCUGAACUGUUAGAUCUUUAUCCCUAUUCACGUCAAUGCUGCCAAAGAUCAGUACUUGCCGUUCAGGAAUUUGCUGUUUGGCCCGUCUGUAGUUUCCUGAAGAUUGGAGGUUAUGUAGAUUGCUAUUUAAAAUUAUAUUUUUCUAAGUGUGAAAAAGUUUAAAAUGCUCUACUGGUCAUAUGAAUUUUUAUUUUAAUGUGUUAAUUAUCUUUGUAGCAUAAUAGACCCCUUCAGGUUCUGGAAAUCUCAGUUUGGCCUGAGCUCGAUUUUGUAUGCCCAACACCUUGGAAAUACUAAAAACAGAAAUAGCUGAAUCAUACACAGAAAGCCUAACCGGUGAUUGAACAUGGUCAGUUUUAAAGCUCUGAAUUGUAGCUGUUGUCUGAAGGAUUAAGGCAUGAUUAAGCUCGAAACAUAAGCUCAUAGUCACAUCAAUGGAUUCUCCUAAAUUGAGCCAAAUUUUAGAAUAUGCUAGUAUUAAAUUUCUAUCCAUGUAUAUUAUAAAGGGGCUCAAUAAAUUAAUUUCCCUGAACCACCCUCUCCCUUCCCGUUUUUGAGCCUGCUGCACUUUCAAACUUUCCUUCUGAGCCAGGUUUGCUAGCUUUUGGCUAAAGAGAAAUCCCAUUUCAUGGUACAGGUAGAAACUCUAGUAAUAACCGUAACAAAGUAUAAGGCAUAGAGCACAAAAAUGCUUCCACUGCGUUUUUGUUCCAGCGGCCAGCCUUAAGCCCUGCUGUCAGCUUCAGGACUCAAACUGUGGAUUUUAAGUAGUUACCCCACAACCACCUUGUUUGUACCAGCCAUCAGCUAAGGGAAGGUGAGUAACCGUGGUAGGUUAUGAAGAUUCUGCCCUGUGUUAUUUCUUUAACCCAGAGAUUUACUUUUAUAUGCAGUAUCUGACUAAGCUCCCGAAUUUGUAACUUGAGAGUCCUGGCACGUUUGGUCCUGUUUCUGUGUAUAAACGCACGACAAAGCACACUGUGCACGCUCGUGCCACUCGCUGCACACCACCGGCCACAGGUGUUCCUUUCCUUCUGGUGGUUCUUUUUCAUGGUGGUUCACGUUAGACCAAGUUAUCCAACAGAUGUAGAGUCAACCUCAGCUUGCCCGUAAACCAGAGCAGCUGAAGGUAACAAACUCUUAAAUGUGUUCCCAGGCAGUGUUUAUUAAAUGGCAAAAAAAAAAACAAACAAACAAAAAAACCCUGCUUUUAGCACGUCACUGACUUGUAAGAUGGUUGAACCAAAUCACUUAGGCCGUUUCCCGUUUAUGUUCUUUGUAGUGAAAUUAGGAAAAUGCAACUAUAUGCCAUUUAUAAAUGAUGUUACUAAAAGUCUUAAAAUUUCUAGAAAUACAACUUAAAUUUCUUCUGCAAAGACAUAAAGCUCAAUCUUAAGUAGCACUGGAAUGAACAAAUGCCUUAAAUUCAGAGGAGUCAACUUUUUAGACUGAAGCAGAAUGGUCAUUUCACCCCAGCCUAACUACGUGAGGGCUCUGUCUUUCCCUAUCAAUCAGCACAGCGAAGUGCAACUUACAAAUGGCUUAAUAAUUGGUUCUUUCUUCUACCCAUGGAAAAGCAAUGGCCUCAAAACAGACUGCUGGUUUCAUGCUCUUAAACAUGGACUUUUUACACAUGCUGUUUUAUUAUCCCUUGGGUAUAUAACUGAUGAACUUUUAAGUUAAUUUGGUCCUGAGAAUGUUUGGGUCUUUAUCUCUUUUGCAUUAGUUCACUCUGUUCCAACCAACUUUUAGCUUUUUUUUUUUUUUUUUAAACUGCUGUACAUCAAGUCUUUAAAAUCAGUGAUCCGUUAUUUAAUUCUAAAGCAUCUGACACUUCUUGCCUUAACUAUUUUAAAAACCACACACAGAAAACUGGGUGUUGAUUCAAUAGUCCAAAAGUUUAGUCCUACUUUGCAGUUUACCCAUCUGAUUUCUGUAAUUAGUCAUUGAAAAUAUACUAUUUAAAUAUUUUUACAUUAAAAAAAUUUUCUGUGGAUUUCUGAAAAUGUUAUUUUUCAGAAUGUGAAAAUACAUGUAUAAUCUUGUGAGUUUAAAGUCUGUUUUCUGAUACCUUCUGUAUAUAGAACUGUAAAAAAAAAUUUGUAUAAUUUUGUGAUAAAAUGCAUUCCCAAAAUAUUUAUUUAAAAAGUGUAUGUUAACAGUAAAGCAUUUGAAGGAAC